AUGUCUACCUUUCUAUUGCCUGUAACUCGGCGCUCGCUCGACUUUGCGUCUUCCUUGUUUCACUUCACCUCAUUAUUUUCCUCUCCUCGUUUGAAUCCUGUUCGCUUUCUCAUUCUAACCACCUCUCGAAACCUUGAACGUUCUCUUCGUCACCAGUUUCCUAGUCUCUUGGUCUCCAAUGAACACGAAUCCAUUCCCAACUGGUCCGACACAAAAGAGCUUCAAGAAGCUUUAGGUGUGUGUGACGGUGUUAUCUUAGCUGCCAGCGGCUGUGGAGAUGAUGUGAUCAAUCUACCUAGUAGUCCUACGGACGAGUGGCUGCAGUGCGAGCAGAAAGUGGCAUCUCUCGUGUCAAAAGAUCAUCGUGUCGUCAAGUUGUCGUGGACAGAAGGUUUUGUAGGAGAAGAAUCGCUUUCUACUGUAGGAAGAGCUACUUGGGAAUUAGAAGAAGAGUUAAAGCUAAGACUUGGGGAAGGGGGGUCAGGGGCUCAUAACUUGACAAUUGUGCGAGCUACAAUGGGCAUGGACGCCUUCCUACGCGGCCAAUUGUUUGACUUGGUGUGUGGAAGGACGCUCUCAACGAGUGUCAAAAGAGGUCGUGUCGCAUUCGUGCAUCCGCUCGAUGUCGUGGAGAGCCUGAGUGCUUUGGUGGCAAAGGUGGACAUUGAUAAAAGAGGAGAGGAGAGCCUGGGUGGACUCUUUAAGCUGACGGGACCCGAGUCGUUGACAUUUCCAGACGUCACCAAGUUACUAUCGAGAGGAAUCGGAGACAAGGUGAAUUACUCACACUUUCCGUUGUGGGCGGUGCAGCCUGCACGCUGGGUGCAUGGUGUCCCCGGCGACGCUGUCGAAGAAGAACUUGCCGUGAUUCGAGCAUUGGAAGCGGGGGUACAACAAGAAGUUGACACGACUUUCAUGGAGAAGCUGUUAGGCCACGAACCACGCUCCUUUCGUACGUUUAUUGCUGAGAACGUCGCUGCAUGGCCACGUACACACCCAGUGUAA